AUGGGAUUAUUUGAUAAACUUCUGCGGUCGAACGAACGAGCUGAGCGAGGUUCUCCUAGUGCAUUUGUGGUGAGUAGCUUCGAUUCAGUGAGCAAUGCUGGCAAGAGCUCCAUUUUCAAGCACUCCGGUAUGAAAUCGUACAUUUUGGAGUUUGAAAUUGUACUUGAUGAUGUGCACAGAGUGUGGAAACCGAACGAGACUAUCAGUGGGACUGUGAAGCUUCGAUUGAGAAAAGAUGUGCCUAAUGUUUGGAUUAAACUUGCUCAUAUAGGAGAGUUUCAACUCCAUUCCAAUAACCCGAUGACCGCAGGUUCUCUAAAAUCGAAAUACUCUGAUACAGUGUUUUGCAGGUCCACGAGUAUUUAUGGUAGUGAGGAGAAUCCAUUACACUUGACUGGCGGUGAACACAAGUUUCCAUUCUCUUGUAAAAUUAAUGGUAAGAACUUGGUGAGCUCGAUAGAUUUUAAGAAGGGUUCCAUAAGAUAUUGGGUUCAAGCAGAGCUUCAUGCCCAAAAGACGCCUCCUAUCUUUUGCAAGCAGCAUUACCAGUUGAUUGUGCCAAUAGACGUCGGCCAAUUACCAAAGCCAAAUAUCAAGACGGUGGUCUUACAAUCACCCAACUCAAGCAAUAAUGGAAUCCAUGUUAGAAGACUUAUGGCAGCAGGUUCUGCAGACCCACAAGACGGGGCUUCGUCUCUGACUAGGAAAACAGGCGGAUCCUCUACUAUCACUAAUGGUUCAUCAAGCUCAAAUAAUUCAGGUAAUUCCAACGCUUCCAUGCUCGCUGAUAACAAGACUGUCAAGAUCUCGGUAGAGAUUCCCUGUCUAGGAUACACCAUCGGAGAAGAAAUUCCGGUUAAAGUCCACGUCACUCAUUACAAACAAUACUUCCACCCUGCGGGGUUGAUUGCAACGUUGGUCAGAAUCUCUCGGGUUUCAAACCCUAGAAAUACAGAACAGAUCGAAACAUUUAGAAAAGAUAUCUGUCAAGGUGUUGCCCCAUUAUAUACAGACCCCGAAACGCAUGAAGCUGUUAUAAUGUUGAAACUAAAGGUUCCAUUAGACACCUUCCCGAGUUUGGAUUUAAAGAAUAAGUUCUUCACUUUCCAGUAUUACGUGGAGAUCCUAGCAAAUUUGUCAAGGAAGAAUUUGGUAUACACAGAGUCCAAUAGACUUGUGGGUGGACAGAGAACUAGUAGUAUACCGAUGCCGUCGAACAAGUUUUCGAUGUUCCAAGACCUCUCAAACCAGGGUGAGGUUACUGCUGGCGAAGAUGAUUCAGUAACGUUUUUCCAAGAUUUGAUUAAUGUAGACAGACUCAAACGUCUAAGAAACGUUACAGGUAUGUCAAUCGAAGUUGUGAUCGGAACACACAGAGAAGAACAUGAGCCUGAAUCGCCCACAGUGGACCGUCUGGAUUCCCAUUCUAUCAACCAAUUACCUGAUGAUGUGGAUGCAGUUUACAACCAAUGCUCUAGCGCUGAAUCUCCAAUAGACGAAGCUUACGACUAUUUGUUACAUAGACAUAACGGGCCAUCACCUUCCUCUCGUAUCUUCACGGAUACGGAUAUGACUUUGUGCUAUCCGGCUGACCCUGUUCCACUGUAUAGUCGUGGAUUAGAUGACUUCACUGGGUGUUCAAUGUCAGGUGUUACAGAUGAUAAACAAGAACUAGAGCAAAUGCGGUUGAAAGAAUUGGAAAGCGAACCGCCCAUAUAA